AUGGCAGAAACCGCUCCAGCUCCCGCUGCGGCCCCAGCAAAGUCCCCCAAGAAGAAGGCGCCCCGAGCCAAGAAAACUGGUCCAAGUGUGGGCGAGCUCGUCGUCAAGGCGAUCUCUGCCUCCAAGGAGAAGAAAGGAGUCUCCCUGGCUGCUCUGAAGAAGGCUCUGGCGGCUGGAGGAUACGAUGUGGAGAAGAACAACGCUCGUGUCAAAAUAGCCAUCAAGAGUUUGGUAACAAAGGGAACACUGGUUCAGACUAAAGGAACUGGUGCCUCCGGCUCCUUCAAGCUGAACAAGGCAGCGGAAAAGAAGCCCGCUAAGAAGGCGGCUCCCAAAGCCAAGAAGCCAGCAGCAAAGAAACCUGCCGCGGCCAAGAAGCCCAAGAAGGCAGCAGCUAAGAAGCCUGCGGCUGCUAAGAAAUCUCCGAAGAAAGCACCGAAGAAGCCCGCCACACCGAAAAAGGCAGCAAAGAGCCCGAAGAAAGCUAAGAAGCCCGCUGCACCCAAGAAGGCAGCGAAGAGCCCCAAGAAAGCGAAGGCAGCGAAACCCAAGGUCGCCAAGCCUAAAGCUGCCAAGCCCAAAAAGGCUGCACCCAAGAAGAAGUAAAUGUUGCACGUUUACUUCUGGUCCAU